AUGGCCUUCGCGCACAAGCCCGGCUGCCCCAUGUGCGGCAUCGUCUCCGCCGCCUCCGCCUCCGCCCUCUCGCCCUCGUCGCCCACAGGCUCUUCUGCCAAGCACGAAAUCCUAUGGAGAGACGACAACUUCACCGUAUACCGCGAGUCCGCUAACCCGGUCUCGAGCAAGGGCCACAUCGUCGUAGUGUUCAAUCUACACGUCCCUUCACUUUAUACCCUAUCAUCCAGUGAUCUCCCGCUCCUCGUUAGCCUACGCGACAUCGCCCACCGCACCCUCGCCGCCCUCCUAGCGCCCUCCGCCUCUCCAUCAUCCUCCCCCGCCGCCCGGCCGCAGAACCUGCUCAACGUAGGACAGACCACGCGCGCCGCACGUGAGUCCUUCCGCGUCGGCUUCAUCACUCCUCCCUUCAGGGACAACAAAAUCCCCGUAACCGACCACCUCCACGCGCAUGCCUACGCGCUCCCCGCCGACCUUAUGGGCUGGUGGCGGGGUGUCGCAUACAGCUCCGUCGCCUGGUACGAUGUCGAUGACCUCAUUGCCGAGAUUCGUGAGGAAACUUCGAACAACCGCGUACGCACAGGCACCAAUUCUCGACCAAUCGACCUCGUGCCCGACGCCGGUGCACGACGAGGCACGGCGGACGGCAUCGAGACCACCGACGCGAGUCUCCUCGUCGCGGACCCCGAGCUUGGAGAGGUCAGCCCCAGCCUGCUCCCACCCACCCCAGGCACCGCACGAGCACAGCGGAGCCCCGUACCCUCUCCGGACGCCUCGAUACCCCACCUGCAAGUAUGA